GUCAUUUGGUGUCAUCUAAUCUCGUCUGCUAUAUUCUUUCCGUCCUUUUUUUUUCUCUUAGACUUGAAUUAUUUAGUUGUAAAAUGUUUCACCUUACACAUUUUGAGUCAGUUUGUACGUGCCAUGUAUUAAUUGUUUUCUCUUCAAAUGGUAUAUCAUCUGACAUUUCAAAAUAUUAGUCAAAGACGUAUCUAAGAAACGUAACCUACCGCCUGUGAUAUUAUAUUAAAAUUUUGAAAAUGAGGGUGAUAACAGUAUUACGCGACAAAAUUAGACAAUGCAACUUGGAUCCCUCAUACUUUACUAAAAGGGGUCAACUUUUGAGGAAAGCAUUUGGGAAACACCUCCUCUUGACAAACACACUCUCAUCGGGUUUCCUAAUGGGCCUUGGGGAUUACUGCCAACAAAGAAUUGAAAUUUUCCAAGGCAAGUCUUCAGAUAAUGCUGUGGACAAGAGAAGAACAAUUAACAUGUCAACUGUCGGUUUGGCUCAUGGCAUUUACCACCAUUUCUUUUAUGGGUGGAUGGACAAAAGAUUUCCUGGGCGAGCUGUACGCCAGGUAAUGUUCAAAGUUCUUUUGGAUCAGCUGAUGGCGUCCCCUGCCUGCAUGUAUAUAUUUUUCAUUGGAAUGGGACUGUUAGAGCGGCGAGGCUAUGAAUCUGGAUGGCAAGAAAUGAAAAAGAAGUUUCUCUUCUGUUACACCGUGGACUGGAUUGUGUGGCCCCCAAAUCAGUUCAUCAAUUUUUACUAUGUGCCGGCAAAGUACAGAGUUAUAUAUAUAAAUUCUCUGACCAUGCUCUAUGAUGUAUUUUUAUCUUAUGUGAAGUUUUAUGAUCAACUGGAUAAAGACAAAUCUGUUUGAAUGGUGCUUUCAGCCAGAGUACAGUACCAAAGACAGCGAGCUUGCCAUAAGUUUUAGUUACUUGACUGGAUGCUGCUUUCAAGGAAAAGAAAAAGAACCUGUUCUUCCAUCUUCAAAAUAAAAAAAAAACUUGAAAAAAAGGCAUCUGUUUCUAGAGAUAGAACUUGUUUUGUUUGAAUUAUUGUGUUAAUAAUAUAUGGCCAUUAAAUCAGUGAGCAAUACAAAGUUGUCAUUGUCUCCGAUCAAUUUAUAGCAAUGUCUCAUAAUUGACAAAUAUAUUUUAACAACUAUGUAUUGGGCAUUGCCAUGAAACAUGA